AUGGAAAAUCGAAUGGAAGGAAUGGAGAAGGAAAUGGGAACGGUGAGAGGUGAUCUGAUGAGUUUGAAGGAAGACAUGGGUAAACUCAAAGACUACCUCCUGGAGCUCAAGGAGUGGAUGAGAAUCAAGGAUGAAAAAGAGGCUAGUCAUAGUAGUGGGAAAAGUAAGAUGACGGAAGUGGAAAAAUCUGACGGAGAAGGUGACAAAAUCACUGAUGGGGAAAGUGACAAAAAAGAUAAGAAGAUUAAGAAGAUGGACUUACCCUACUUUAAUGGAGAAGACCCAUAUGGAUGGACAUUUAGGGCUGAUAGAUAUUUUGCCAUUAACAGAUAUGCUGAGGAGGAAAAAGUGGAGGCAGCUACAGUCUGUAUGGAGGGACGGGCCUUGAAUUGGUAUCAGUGGAUGGACACCCGGAUGCCAGUAAAAAAUUGGACAGAUUUCAAAUCUGCCUUGAUUGAACGUUUCCGACCGUCGUUAAAAGGAUCUGCCUGUGAGGCCUUGAUUGCGUUAAAGCAGGAGGGAACCGUGACAGAGUAUAGGGAACAAUUUGAAGCUUACUCAGCUCCACUGACAGAGGUAGGAGAAGAAGUGUUGGUGGGCAGUUUUAUCAAUGGAUUGAAGGAGGAAAUCAAGGCAGAGCUACGCCUGAGUAAGCCCAACCAGCUGAAUGAGGUAAUGGAUCUGGCCUAUAGAGUGGAGGAAAAGAACUGGGUUUUAGAAAGGGCCCGGGGAAAAAUGGGCAAAAGUCAAGGUUUAAAAGGGGAGUUUUACUCUCGGGUCAGCCCAAGUCCAGAGCCCCAAACCCAAAAUUUUUUUCGACCUGCGUGGGGAACAAAUCUGAAUCGAAAUUCAGAUCUGACGCACCCCUCUUUCAAUCGCGAUUUGGGCCAACACACACCCAGUCGCAGUUUUGACCGACGAGAAAGAUCAACGGAAUCUCCGGCGGUGGGGUUCCGAGGGGACCAUUUUCGGCGGCUAACGGAGGCUGAAAUCCAAGUAAAACGAGAGAGAGGACUGUGUUUUAGAUGCGAUGAGAAGUUUGGGCCUAAUCAUCGUUGCAAAAGUAAGUCCCUACAGAUUUUGCUUGCGUGGGAAGAUGAUGAACCUGAUGAUGGAGAUCCUACACCAGACAGCAAAGAAGAACCUGUUCUCGAAGGUAAUCCCGUAGCUCUCUUAAUGAAUUCCAUAGUGGGUAUCACCUCAGACAAGACACUGAAAAUUCGAGGUCAGUUGGGAAGGGAAUCAGUGAUUGUGUUGGUCGAUAGUGGAGCGUCGCAUAACUUUAUAGCCCACGAAUUGGUGCAAAAAUUGGGGAUUCCCGUGGAAGGUAAGAAGGCAUUCGGAGUGAUGGUAGGUAACGGAGUUACCGUUCGGGGAGAAGGAAUCUGUAGAGGCGUAAACAUGCAAAUACAGGGGGUGAAGGUUGUCCAGGAUUUUUUUCCGUUUGAUUUGGGUGGGGCAGAUGUGGUGCUAGGAGUAUCAUGGUUGAGUUCCCUGGGUGAUGUGUGUGCGAACUGGAGGAAUCUGACCAUGGCGUUCGAGGUUGAGGGCAAACGCGUCAUGUUGCAAGGGGACCCCUCUCUGGUAAAAACAGUCGUAUCUCUCAAGGCCAUGCUUAGAUCGGUACAAACAACAGGUAUGGGCUAUUUGGUUGAGUUCUGUUCUAUUGAAAAUAAAUUAGAUGUGAGGGAGGAACCGCUGGACCCUAGGGUGGCUAUUGUGUUGGAAGAAUUUGCAGCCUUGUUUGAUCAACCAUCCGGGAUACCUCCAAAAAGGGAGACUGAUCAUGCUAUAGUACUUAAGGAAGGAUCUAAACCUCCCAACAUUAGACCCUAUAGGUACCCGUACUACCAGAAGAAUGAGAUUGAGAAGCUAGUAGGAGAAAUGUUAGUGGCAGGAAUAAUUCAACCCAGUACCAGCCCUUUUGCCAGUCCCGUAUUGUUGGUAAAGAAAAAAGACGGUAGCUGGAGGUUCUGUGUCGACUACAGAACACUGAAUUCCAUCACCAUACCCGACAAAUUUCCCAUCCCUACCAUUGAUGAGCUGCUAGAUGAACUAAACGGAGCAACCACCUUUUCCAAACUUGACCUAAAGUCAGGGUAUCACCAAAUUAGAGUCAAUGAUAAAGACAUACCCAAAACAGCCUUUAGGACACAUGAGGGCCACUACGAGUUCCUAGUUAUGCCUUUCGGCCUUACCAACGCCCCAUCCACCUUCCAAGCACUUAUGAACACCAUUUUAAAACCCUUCCUCAGGAAAUUUGUACUAGUUUUCUUUGAUGACAUCCUAAUUUACAGUCCGGACAUGAACACCCAUAUCCUUCACCUUACCCAGGCCUUUAAGAUCCUGCAGGAACAUCAGCCAAGCAAAGAGUUUGAUCAAACAAUAAUUGUGUAA